CGAGCGCAAGUGAUUAGGCUAAUCAGCUACCUCCCUCCCUCCACUUCUUCAACUCCUUCAUUCAACGUCACUGCCUUCCUUUUUCUCUCUCCUACUCUGCAUUUCUUGUUCUGUUUCGAUUUUUUUUCUGUCCAUUCGUCUUCCUCUCCAUCUUUUUCAAUAAACGAAUAAUUCGAUUUCGUCUUCUCUUCUUCUUUCUUUUCUGCUUUUUCAAGGAACAGCAUUAACCACCCCCAUUUUGCUCUUAUCUUCCAACUCUCUCUCUCUCUCUCUCUCUCUGGUUUUGAUCUGCGCACAGAAUCUCUGUAAAGGCAAUGAAGAAGGUUGUAUUAAAGUUGGAUUUACAUGAUGACAAAGCCAAGCAGAAGGCUCUUAAGACAGUCUCUACUCUUUCUGGAAUCGAUGCGAUCUCCAUGGACAUGAAGGAGAAGAAAUUGACUCUAAUUGGGUCAGUUGAUCCAGUGAGUGUAGUUAGCAAGUUGCGCAAAUAUUGGCCAACAGACAUAGUAUCUGUAGGACCAGCAAAAGAGCCUGAGAAGAAAGUAGAACCAAAGAAGGAAGAACCAAAGAAAGAAGAGGAACCCAAGAAAGAGGAACCCAAGAAGGAGGAAGCCAAGAAAGAAGAACCCAAAAAGGAAGAACCCAAAAAGGAGGAAGAGAAGAAAGAAGGAGAGAAGAAAGAAGGAGAGAAGAAAGAAGAAGAGAAGAAGAAAGAGCAGCCACCAGUACCAGAUCCAGUUUUGGAACUUGUCAAGGCCUACAAAGCAUACAAUCCUCACAUGACCACUUAUUACUAUGUCCAGAGUAUGGAGGAGAAUCCAAACGCUUGUGUUAUUUGUUAAACAGGCAGGCUGUGAUUAUCUUGUGUUCUGUUUAAGCUCUUAUGAUCAGUGCCAGCCAAUGCACAUUGGAGGCACCAUCCAAGUGGAAGGGGAGGUAUUUUAUAUUUGGCAACGCUUCGUUGAUCUGUUUACAUAUAUCUGCUGUUGUGUAUAUUUUUGAAUUUACUUUAAUACAACAAUCUACUUUAAGUUAAGAAGCAUCAAUCAGUUUUGCCAGAACAAGAUGUUAUAGUUGAGCUAUAUAUAUUUGUCUAUAUUGGGUA